AUGAGUCUUCUUAGUUGGAAUUGCAGGGGGCUUAAAAACCUUAGUUCCCAGAAUCUAGGUUUUAUUUCCAGCAUAGCUAGUACUAAUAGUAUUGACUGUAUUUUCCUUUCUGAAACCAAGUGUCAAGUUUCUUGUUUAGAGCCUUUUUUCAGUAAGUUGGGUUUUCAAGGAUGUAAGGGGUUUGAUGCGGAUGGCACUAAGGGGGGCCUGUUUCUUUGUUGGUCUAGGAGUAUUGUUGUUUCUAUGAUUAGCACCUCAAAAAACCAUGUAUGCUGUAGUAUUAAGGAUGUAACUGGUUUUAUCUAUUAUGUUGCUUUCGUUUACGGUUCGCCUGUCUUUGCUGAUCGUUCUGAAAUUUGGGAUAAUCUCACUAUCAUCAUGGACAAUAACAAAGGAAAAUGGUUAUUGAUGGGAGAUUUUAAUCAAGUGGAAAAUAAUAAUCAAAAACUAGGGGGCUCACUGGUUCUAAAAGGGGCGACUCAAUUCCUAGAUUGGAAGCUUACAAAUCACCUGUUGGACAUUCCCUACCAUGGGGUUAAUUAUACAUGGACUAAUAAUAGAUCCAACUCUGCGGCAAUUUAUGAAAGAUUAGAUAAAGCCUUUUGCAAUUCGGAUUGGAAAGACAACUAUCCGGAUGCUGAUGUUUGGAAUCUGCCUAUUCAGUUGUCGGAUCAUAGUCCCCUCGUUUUACAUCUGCAUAAGCAAAGUGAAGGGAAAAGAAAGAGACCGUAUAGACUUGAUGCUUGGAGUUUACACCACCCAGAGGUCUGUGAAAUUAUCAAAAGAGAAUGGGAAGAGUCUCCUGAAGGUUCUCCUGCGCUCUCCAAAGAAAAAUUCAGAAUACGCUUAGAAACAUUCGAGGUUGGUGCCUCAGGUUUAAGCAGGAUCACAAAAUAA